AUGACAUCGUACAGCGCAACGACUUCCGAGGAGGAUUGCACAAUUUACGAAGCCUUGGAUUUGCUUGAAAAUACUUACAAGGUUAAUAUGAACAUUAUCUCGCCCAUCAUCUGGGGAGAGGAAUCAGUUGAAAUCUAUAAAAAACGGGGCCAGUUUGGUGGAACUCUCAAUCGUACUACUCCGGAACAGGUACUGGAACUUCUAGAUGGUUUGCGUAUGUGGAAGACUGUCCUGAAUCAUUCGAGGCCAGUAAUGACUGACGUGGAUGGCGAGAUUCAUGACAGCAAAGUCCUCUACGAUGUUCGAUUCCUUCUUCGGUUAUUCUUGAGCAUGAUGCACCCAGGGUCAGAGUUGAAAUACCGCCCGUUCGUGGAGCGGAAACGGAUUGGCUCUGGCGUUUUCAUGCACAUCAUCCAAAGACGUCACGAUUCGCAAGCUGGCUUACUGUGUCCUGCAGAAGUUCUUGUCUUUGCUGCAUGUGAGGAUUUCGUUCGAUUGGUCCCAGAAAUUUAUAAAAUGCUACUCAGCUCAUCGACAGAUUACCAUAAGCAAGAACGUGAGUGGAUGUUGACGCUGAUUUUAGAGGGUCUUAUCGAGCCAUUGGAUUACAACGUACUUCAAAAUCGUUCUGGUAUUAAACUGUUACUGGCGUUAUUCCCAACUUGUAUGAUUGAUAUGGUAUCUCGUCGUCUGAUUCUUAGUAUUCUGAAAGCAGCAGUGCAAAUGCCAUCCGUUGCACACGACUUGUUCUAUAGGAGAUCUGCCAUUAAUUGGAUAGCUUCGUAUCAGCAAAAUCGUGACCUAAGUGUGUGGGAGCAGUGCUACUUGGGACAGAUCUAUUCGAUUCUUAUCGAAAAUGAACGAAAGAACUGUCGAAACGGCAAAGGAGGUGCUACAAGAAAUUCAUAUUUGGUUGCACUAGCAAGUGUUCGAAUAACUGCUCGUGUGGUUGAGUGUUCUCUAGUUAGGAAUUGGGUUAGUAAGAGAAAACGCUACGGACUUUGCGAUCGACACUAA